CUCUCACUCAUUCCCAUCAUUUCUAUCCUCUUUCACAUCUCUCUCCCUCUAAAUCUCUCUCACAAAACUCUCUCUAUAUUUAUCUCCACAUGGCUAUUGAAGCUCUUAGCUCCCCAACCACACCCACUCCCCCUCCCUCCUUCCACUACAAAACCUUACCAAAAAAUCAAAACCCUAGCAAAACAAUUGAUACUACAAAUGAUGAUAAUCACUCUAGUGAUCCAUGCAUGAAGAAGAAACGCACGAAGCGCCCGCGUUACGAGACUCCAUCCACCGAAGAGGAGUAUCUUGCUCUUUGUCUCAUCAUGCUAGCCCGCGGCACCACCGACACGGCCUCGAUCAACAAGACUGCUGAUACGAAGCCGGUCGAAGUGAAACCAAACCAAACAUACCCGGUAUAUCCUGCUGACUCGGGUACCAACCAUCAGAGUCAAAAUUCUUCCACCGACCACUAUGUGCCCUACAAGUGUAGCGUGUGUGACAAGGUGUUCUCGUCUUACCAAGCACUAGGAGGCCACAAAGCAAGCCACCGGAAGCUCGCCGGCGCCGCCGAUGACGUGUCGAUCAUGAACUCCGGGAUCCCGCUCUCCUCCGUUUUGACCCCUAGCGGGAGGGCCCACGUGUGUAACAUCUGCCACAAGGCUUUCCCGACCGGCCAGGCUCUCGGCGGUCACAAACGCCGCCACUACGACGGAGUCAUCGGAAGCGCCGCCGGCAGCGGCGUGACGUCAUCCUCGGGAACCGGGUCGAUCCACCUCCAAGGACACCACAAGGAAAUGGACUUUGACCUGAACUUGCCGGCGGAGCCGGAAGUCGGGGUUCCGAUGGAGAUCAGCGUUGACUUUGGUCGGAAAAGUCAACUCUCCGGCGAGCAAGAAGCGGAAAGUCCACAUCCGGGAAAGAAAGCGAGGUUUUCAAGUGGGUUGGGAUUAGGAUAUUAAAUAAGUAGCUUUUUAGGUUUUAUUUUAAUGCUUGUACAUAAAAAAAUAUUGGUUUAUUGGUUUAUUUGGUUUCGGAUUUA